CCGCCGGAAAGUUUGCUAGAGGCUGGCGCGGGGCGCGGGGCGCGGGCGCGGAGCCGGCGCCGACCCUGACCUGGCAGCGCCGUGGAGACGAGCGGCGGCCGGCCCCUAACCCGUGCGCGCGGAGGACUACGGGAAUCGCGAAGCGGCCGGAGCGGCGCGCGGUGAGCACCUGGGCCAGGCUCGAGAACACGUUCCCGGCCGGGGGCCGAAGGCGGGAGCGCGGGACUGGCCGGCGUGGACCCCUAUCUUAGACCCUGCUGCUCUGAUACUCAGCAGCCCCCAGAGGAGAGUGCACCUACGAGGACCUCUUUGCCCCAGCUGUGCAACCCCAGCCAGAUGUGGGGGGCAGCUGCCCAGAGGCAUGCCCCCCAUCCUGCCACGCUGCCCCCACCUCCUCCUGCUUCUGCUGCUGGCCUGCCAGCCGCAGGCCCCCUCCGCUCAGGUGAUGGACUUCCUGUUUGAGAAGUGGAAGCUCUAUGGCGAUCAGUGUCUCUACAACCUGAGCCUGCUGCCCCCCCCAACUGAGCUGGUCUGUAAUAGAACCUUUGACAAAUAUUCCUGCUGGCCGGACACCCCUCCCAACACCACAGCCAACAUCUCCUGCCCCUGGUACCUGCCCUGGCACCACAAAGUGCAGCACCGCCUCGUCUUCAAGAGGUGUGGGCCUGAUGGGCAGUGGGUACGUGGGCCGCGGGGGCAGCCAUGGCGAAAUGCUUCCCAGUGCCAGAUGGACGACAAGGAGCUUGAGGUCCAGAAGGAGGUGGCCAAGAUGUACAGCAGCUUCCAGGUGAUGUACACCGUGGGCUACUCCCUGUCCCUGGGGGCCCUGCUCCUGGCCCUGGCCAUCCUGCUGGGCCUCAGCAAGCUGCACUGCACCCGAAACUACAUCCACGUGAACCUGUUCGCGUCCUUCGUGCUCAAGGCCAGCUCUGUGCUGGUCAUCGACACACUGCUCAAGACCCGCUACAGCCAGAGGAUUGGGGACGACUUCAGCGUGAGCAUCUGGCUGAGUGACGGGGUGAGCUCCCAGAUCCGGCCUCUUGGCCUCCGGGCCCUGGGCGGCAGGCAGCUGGGAGGCCCGCACUCAUGCUGCCCCCGCGGCCAGGCAGUGGCCGGCUGCCGGGUGGCCGCGGUGUUCAUGCAGUACGGCGUCGUGGCCAACUACUGCUGGCUGCUGGUGGAGGGCGUGUACUUGCACAGCCUGCUGAGCUUCGCCACCAUCCCUGAAAGGAGCUGCUUCCCCCUCUACCUGGGCAUCGGCUGGGGUGCCCCCAUGCUGUUUGUCACCCCCUGGGUGGUGGUCAAGUGUCUGUUUGAGAACAUCCAGUGCUGGACCAGCAAUGACAACAUGGGCUUCUGGUGGAUCCUGCGCUUCCCCGUCUUCCUGGCCAUCCUGAUCAACUUCUUCAUCUUCAUCCGCAUCCUUCACCUCCUGGUGGCCAAGCUGCAAGCCCACCAGAUGCGCUAUACUGACUACAAAUUCCGGCUGGCCAAGUCCACGCUGACCCUCAUCCCCCUGUUGGGGGUCCACGAGGUGGUGUUUGCCUUUGUGACCGACGAGCAUGCCCAGGGCACCCUGCGCUCCGCCAAGCUCUUCUUCGACCUCUUCCUCAGCUCCUUCCAGGGCCUGCUGGUGGCUGUUCUCUACUGUUUCCUCAACAAGGAGGUGCAGUCGGAGUUGCUGCGGCGCUGGCAUCGCUGGCGUGAGGGCAAAGCACUGCAGGAGGAGUGCCAUGUCGGCAGCCACACGGCCAGGCCCACUGGUGGCCCCCCCAGUGAGAAGCUGCUGCUCUCAAGGGGCAGUGGCAGCAACAGGACUAGCCAGGACCCCUCUACGGAGACCCACUUGGCUGGCGGCCUCCCUGGAUUGGCUGAGAACCCCUUCUGAAGCCCCCUGGAACUUCAGCUGUGGCUGGACUCAGGUGCCCAGAGAGGGCAUCACUGGACAAUCCAUAACCGAUGCCCAGCAGAGGCAAGAGCGUGGGAGCCAGACAGCACCCUGCUGUCCACAUGUUCCCCAGUGUGGUGGUCUGAGGGGCACCUGCU